AUGGCGGCGCUGCAGGAGAAGAAGUCGUGCGGCCAGCGGAUGGAGGAGUUCCGGCACUAUUGCUGGAACCCAGACACGGGCCAGCUGCUGGGCCGCACCCUGUCCCGCUGGGUGUGGAUCAGCCUCUACUACGUGGGUUUCUACGUGGUGAUGACAGGGCUCUUCGCCUUGAGCCUCUACACGCUGAUGUCAACCAUCGACCCAUACACGCCCGACUUCCAGGACCAGCUCAAGUCUCCAGGGGUGACCCUGAGGCCAGAUGUGUACGGGGAGAAAGGCCUGGAAAUCUCUUACAACGUCUCGGACAACAGGACCUGGGCAGGCCUCGUGCACACCCUGCACACCUUCCUGGAAGGUUACAGCCCGGCCGCUCAGGAGAACAGCGUCAACUGCACCUCGGAGACGUACUACUUCCAGGAGCGUUUCGAGGCUCCGAACCACACCAAGUUCUCCUGCCAGUUCACAGCGCAGAUGCUGCACAACUGCUCGGGCCUGCUGGAUCCUGACUUCGGCUUCAGGGAAGGAAAGCCAUGCUUCAUCAUUAAAAUGAACAGGAUCGUGAAGUUCCUCCCCAGCAACGGCACAGCCCCCAGAGUGGACUGCGCCUUCCGGGACAAGCCCCACCAGGACGCCGCACCCCUGCAGGUGGAGUACUACCCACACGGCGGCACCUACAGCCUGCACUACUUCCCCUACUACGGCCGGAGGGCGCAGCCUCACUACAGCAACCCUCUGGUGGCCGCCAAGCUUCUCAACGUCCCCGACGUCGUCAUCGUGUGCAAGGUCCUCGCAGACCACGUGACCUCCAACAACCCCCACGACCAGUAUGAGGGGAAGGUGGAGUUCAAGCUCCGCAUCCAACAGUGA